AUGCGCCCGCCCACCCCCAUACACGUCCUCCUCGCCGUCCUCCUAGUCGUCACGCCCCCCGCAAAAGCAGCCAUCCACACCGUCAGCGUCGGGCGCGGCGGCACGCACGAAUUCAUCCCAAACACAACCUACGCCGCCGCCGGCGACACAGUCGUCUUCGACUUCUUCCCAACAAACCACUCCGUCAUCCGCACGCAGUACUGCGGCGCGGGCGACUGCAAUCCUUGCGUGCCCUGGGAGCUGUAUUUCCCUGAUCGCAAAGGCGAGGGCUUUGCCAGUGGGAAUUUUGAGGUGGGCGGGUAUGACCAGAGAGAGACGUGGAAUCUGACGGUUAACGAUACGGCGCCGAUAUGGUUUUACUGUAAUGCGCUGGACUCGUGCACGCCGAAUGGCAUGGUCGGGGUGAUUAACCCUCCCCCCAACGCGACCAUCGCAUCACAAAUUCGUGUCGCCAAAUCCGCGCGCUACCAGCUCGCGCCGGGCGAACCGUGGCCAGCCGAAGGCAGCAGCAAGCCCUCGUCCUCGUCCUCGUCCUCCUCCUCCCUCAGCGGCGGCGCAAUAGCGGGCAUCGUGGUCGGGGUGGUCGCCUUCGUCGUCCUCGCCGCCGCGCUCUUCUUCUUCAUCGGGCGCACGCACACCUACGCCCGCAUGUUCCGGCACCCCGCCGCGAGCACAACGACGGGGCACGCGCCCAGCGACGCGGGCCUCGUCGUCGGCGCAGGCGGGGGCAUGGUCGCCGGCCCUGGCGCCGCGAACCCCUGGUUCCAGCAGCAGCAGCAGAGCAUGCCGUCGCCGCCGCACAGCCCGCCGCCGCCGGGCAUGGGGGCCGGUGGGCUGGGCUACCAGGAGAAACAACUCACGCCCCAGCGCUGGAGCGACAGCAGCGCCUUCUCCGGCAGCUACCCCGCCAUGCGCGGCGCGAGCCCGCCCCCGACUGUCGGUGAGGAUGUGGGGCAGGGCAUGACGUUCGUGGGGUAUAAUCGGCAGACGGGCGCGCCUGAGUUUGUGGCGGAGGUUUCGGCGGAUCAUGAGGUUGUUGAGAUGGGGAGGGGGACGAUUGGGAGGGGGGGUGGUGGUGGUGGUGUGGGUGAGGUGGGUGGGCAAGGAGCCGGUGGAGGCGAGGUGGGCGGCGACGGGGUAGGUGGGGGUGUGGCUGGUGGUGAAGGGGGUGAUGGUGCUACGGGUGCUGCUGAGGGACGGGAUGGUCUCAACGUGGAGGUCGCGAAGGGCGACGCUGCUAGCGUCGUUACGGCCCCUGUGGAGAUGGAUGCGGAGGAGGAGAGGAAACGCGGGGAUAGUGCUACGGGGCGGUAG